GCGCUCCUCUCGCACUUAUUCCGCCGCAAUCUCCCAACUGACGACGGUCGAAGCCUCCCGUGGCUGUGCGUGAACGCGUCUCUCGCAGUGGGUAAAAGCGGGUGGGCUCCGGGGUGGGGUGGGGGGGGGUCGUCUGCUCGGCAUAAAUAAAGGUUGAGAGCGCCGAGAGGAGAGCUCAGCCCCGAAUUUAAUCACUCACCCGCUAAAUGGAUCCGUGAGAAUCUCCCCGCUGACGCAGCACACCGCCGCCGCCUCGUGCGCCUUCAGCCCGAAGAACCGACAACUGGGAUUCUUUGCUUCUUCUUUUUUCUUUUUCUUAUUUGACUUUUUAUUUUUAUUUUAUUUCAUCUAACAGAAAUAUCUCGCGUGCCUGUGACCAUGUCUCGUGUGUGACUUGCGGUAAGCUGCCAGCUUUGCAUCGUGGAAGAGGCUCGUGCGCCGCGACCCGUCCAAGCAGGAACGUCGGCGCCGCAGGAGGUCACCGGGGAUGCUUUCCCACCCCGCCGAUUUCAACUCAGAUACCCGAGGCAAGUGCAGGUUAUUCCUCCAUGCACAUGCGAGAGACCCAGAGAGGAGGACGGCGGCAGAAACAGUGAGAUGAGACCAUUAAACGAUGGUGAACACUAAGGAAAAAAAAGCACAAGCCAACCUGAAGCGGUUUUUCACUGCAGCCAAACCUCAAUGAAAGAAGCUCGAGGGACGAGGGACGAUUCGCCGAAGCGCUCUGAUUGCUACAUGGCGACGACGCCAUCCAUCGAUGAGGAGGAGACAAACAAAAGGAUUGUUUCUGGCUCGGAGAACAGUUGAACAUCCGGGCUGACAUCCCAACCAGAUCUCGGCUGUACUGAAAACAAGCGGGUGUCCCCCCCCACCCCCCGCGCUCCCAUCUCCCAUUUAUUUUUCGGGUCCUGCACAUGACUCUCAGAGAAGCCCCCAUGGCCUGCGGCUUAGGCGUGGUGAUGAGUGCCUUGUUUUGGUCCGUAGCCAUUGUAUAUUUCACUAAUAUCGGCAGAGUCAGUGGAGACUGCUGGUUAAUUGAGGGUGAAAAGGGCUUUGUGUGGCUUGCGAUUUGUAGCCAAAACCAACCACCUUAUGAGGCCAUCCCACAGCAUAUCAACAGCACCAUUGUGGACCUCCGUCUGAAUGAAAACAAAAUCAAAAGCAUCCAUUAUUCUGCCCUCAGUCGCUUUGCCAACUUGACCUACCUGAACCUGACGAAGAAUGAAAUCUCCUACAUUGAGGACGGGGCCUUUUCUGCUCAGUUCAACUUACAGGUCCUUCAAAUGGGCUUCAACAAGUUGCGCAACCUGACAGAGGGGGUCCUCCGGGGUUUAGGAAAGCUGCAGUACCUCUACCUCCAGGCAAACCUGAUUGAGACUGUGACACCCAAUGCCUUUUGGGAAUGCCCCAACAUCGAGAACAUCGACCUCUCCAUGAACCGCAUCCAGCAGCUGGACGGGUCCACGUUUACCAGUUUGACCAAACUGACCACCUGCGAGCUGUACACCAACCCCUUCAACUGCUCGUGCGAACUGCUCGGCUUCGUCAAAUGGCUCUCGGUGUUCCCCAACAGGACGAACGAGCGGAUGGUCUGCGACUCCCCGCCGGGCGUCUCCGGUUACAGCUUGCUGAGCCAGAAUCCCAACAACCCGACGUUCCGCAACGCGCUGCACAUGCUCACCACCGUGUGCACGGAUGACUACGUGACGCCGUUCAUCCACCUGCCCACCGAGUCCUCGACGCCGCCGCCGGACCUGACACUGUGCGGGCUGGAGGACUGUCCCUCGGGCACAGAGCCGGAAGACAUCACCAUCAGCACCUACAACGUGGUGGAAGUGAACCCCCUGAUGAAGCUGAAGCAGGUGUCCAACACGGGCGCCACCGUCACGGUUCAGAUUCCUCACCCCUUCAAGAAGAUGUACAUCCUGUCGCUGUACAACAACAGCUUCUUCAGCGACAUUCAAACCCUGAAAGCUUUGAAGGAGGACGUGGAACUGAAAAACCUCAAACCCCACACCAACUACACAUACUGCGUCUGCUCCAUACGUAACUCCCUGAGACACAACCACACCUGUCUGACGAUCACCACCGGCACGCUGAAGGGAAAGGCCAGGGACGCGAACAACGCCACCGCCACUCACUACAUCAUGACGAUCUUGGGCUGCCUCUUCAGCAUGGUCAUUUUCCUGGGCGUGGUCUACUAUUGCCUGCGGCGAAAGCGUCGGCAGGACGAAAAGCACAAAAGAGCCGGUAGCCUGAAGAAAAACAUAAUAGAGCUCAAAUACGGACAAGAGCUGGAGGGGGCCACCGUGUCUCGGAUGUCGCAGAAGCAGCUGCUGGCCGGGGAGAGCAUGGCGCGAAUGCCCUACUUGCCGUCCGCGGCUGAGUUGGAGCAGUACAAAUUCCAGGAGAUGGGCGACACGCCCAAGAUGAUGAAAGGAAAUUACAUGGACGUGCGCGGCGUGGACCACCACGAACGCAGGGAGUGCGACAUGGGGAUGGCUGGGAACAGCCAGGGGUCCGUGGCGGAGAUUUCCACCAUCGCAAAAGAGGUGGACAAAGUCAAUCAGAUAAUUAACAACUGCAUAGAUGCCCUGAAGUCGGAAUCCACCUCUUUUCAGGGGAAAUCAGGCGCGGUGUCCACCGCCGAGCCCCAGCUGGUCCUGAUAUCCGAACACCCGCAGGGCAAAUCGGGCCUUCUUUCCCCGGGGUACGCCGACAGCUAUCACCACUCCCUGCAGAGGCACCGGUCCUCCGACGCCUCGCCAAAGAGGCCCAGCACUGCCACGGGGGGGCCCAUGCGAAGCCCGAGGCCAUACCGCUCCGAAUCCAAGUACAUCGAGCAGACCUCCCCGAAGGGAGAGAGCCUCCUCUCUGGCAACCCGGCCGCCGCCAUCCUGAGGGCCGAGGCGGAGAAGAUGCGCCAGUACGGCGACCACCGGCACUCCUACCCCGACGCCCAGAUAGAGGAGCUCGAGGGGCCCGACGGCCACAAGUCCUCCAUGUUGGAGCCGCUCACUCACUCCCGCUCCAGAGACUUGGCGUACUCCCAGCUCUCGUCCCACUACCACAACCUGAGCUACUCCUCCAGUCCGGAAUACUACUGCAAGCCCUCCCACAGCAUCUGGGAGAAGUUCAAACUGCACCGGAAACGGCACAAAGACGACGAGUACAUGGCCGCGGGCCACGCCCUGCGCAAGAAGGUCCAGUUUGCAAAGGAUGAGGACCUGCACGAUAUUUUAGACUACUGGAAAGGUGUGUCGUCCCAACAGAAAUCAUAACCUCUUUAGCUGCUUUUGAAACAUUGGACCACGCAUUGACACGAGAUGACACGGGGACGUCGUCUCGACAUUCCAAUCAAUGGAUACUUCCUUGUUAUUAGCAACUACUUGCUCAAGAUGAUCACGUUCUCUUUUGAGUGUGAGGGGAAUGGGUUACAGAGUCUUUAAAUUUGUCAUGUUAUGUAAAGCAUUAAUCGGGAAAACUUGUAUCGAUUGAAGAGAAAAUAUCUAGCAAAUGAAUAAUACAUAUAUAUAAAUAUACAUAUAUAUAUGUGUGUGUCACAAUGGAUUAUAGGUUUUUGGGUAUCGCAUGGCCAAGUCCUGUGACAGUGGAUUUGCUGUUGUGUAAUAUGAAACUACUAUAUGAAGAAAUUACUGAAACUUCAACGGUUUUUGAGGAGUUGUUUGGACCCUUCACUCAAAAAGGACUUUUUUUUUUUUCUUCCCUCCCUGCAUAUAUUUAAUUCAACAAAAACUAUGUACAGAUAUGGGCAUCUAUAUUUGCAAUGUUGCUGUGUAGAUGGAUGAGUAUAAAGUGGCUGAUUCGGGUUUUAUCAGACGAACCGCUGUUCAUGGGGAAUAACUCGUUGCUGAGGAACCUUCUUGUCAUUUCCACCGUCACCGCCUGUUUUUGUAACAAUCUCUUUUUUAAAACCUUUUACAUGCGUUUAAAAAAAAAAUCCAGAUUCCGUUUCAACGUCCCCUCUUAUCACACAACGCAGUGUUCGCUGCAUGGAAUCUGACAGGAAUGCGGGGAGCGUCUCCAUCAUUCCGUCUCUUCAGCCGUCAUUUGUAUUUUUAGUACCAAAGCAGAAACAAUCGGAAAUGUUUACAAUAUUUUCUGCGCGGUCGAGGGGGGGGGAAUCGUGAAAAAAAAACAACAACAAAAAAAAAACAACCACACAUCCGUAGAUCCGUGCUUCUUUUUUCUAUCGUGUCGGUGGUUGGGGAGCGUUACCGUAGUCACACAGGCCUGCUAUUAACCACUAACAUGUCAAAGGGCGAGCGGCGGCUCCUCGUCACUUGUUCAGAGGCCGCCGGGAGCCCGAUGGAUGAAUGUAACAGAUACAUAUUUCUGAUCUGUCUAUGGCAGCUUUUGUGUAAAAAAAACAUAAAUAUAUAUAUAUAUAUAUAUAUAGAUAUAUAUAUAUAUUUAUUUCAUGCUAUUGACAAAUGUGGUUUGUUUGUUUUUUUCUUCCUUUGCUUCAAUAUUUCUUCCAGUGUAUUAAAAUGCAAAACGUCUUAUCCGAUUAAUGCAGGAAAGUAGUUUGUUCUCUGGAUGGGCCUUGCCGCUUGCUGAGAGGUUUUGUUUUAUUCUUAAACUGCUAGGCUGUUAAAAUCUUUUUGUAUACUAUGGAAGCUACGUACCAGACGAAAUAUCGACGUGCUAGAUUCGAAUUUGAGAAUGUGAAACUGAAUCCUCUGACUUACCGGCUGUGAAUUUGUGUAUCAUGACAUCUUUUUUUAGUAAAUAUUAAUGCUUAUUCUUUGUAAGGUGUUUAUGUAACUUUUUCCAGAAAGGCUCAUGAUGGCUCACUCACGUUUUCAUGGACGAACAAUAAAUCCCAAUUUGGGCUCUCCCACACGUCUGAAGAAUUGUAAUAAAGUAACUCAACGCAUUAUAAGGUAAAGAACAGCUUUUGGAGGUUAAAAGGUGAUCAUCAGUGCUUUGUGUGAAUAUUAAACACCUUAAAAUCAGCAGCACAGACAAACCCUCGGUGACCUAAGGGAAUUCAUUUAUCCAGUGAAGUGGGGGUUUUUUUCUUCUUUUUUACUCCUUAUUCCCCCUUUAUUCAUUAUGUCGGUAUAACUGCAGGCACGAGUUCCCCCCUUUUGUUCAUUUUCUGUCACAAAGCUGCGUCUAUUUCAUCCAAGUGUGUCAUGAAGCUGCUUUUACUCACUCAUGUGAAGUGAAGCAUCCAUGAGCCUGAUGUGAAUGUGUUAUGUAAGGACCUUCUAAAGUGUUAACUUGGUUGUCUGACUUAAUAUUUUCAACCGCCUUAAGAUUUUGGGAUAUGUGUACAAGUGUAAAUUUCCUUUUGUUUGAUUCAAAGUUGAUAUUGUUGACGAGUCUCCAUUUGUUGUUAUUUUUAUAAAAGCGUUUCAGUUUCCUCUGAGAGCUGUCAGGUUUCUGGUUCAUUUAGCUACUUAGCCACAUGUUUUUUAUACUGCAUAUUGUAGCACUUCUGUGUCUAAUAAGAGUGUUGACGAAAUCUUUAGAAAGAUCAGCAGUUGUUGUUCAUGUGCAUCGAAACAAACAAGAGCACAAAAAAAAUGUGUUUUUUUUAUUUUAUUUCCUAAUACUAUGUUAUCUGCUUUCAGACAAAGUACUGUGAAAUAAAGUUAAGGGCGCACAUACAAUACACGCCGGCAUCUUUAUUACCACCUCGGGCCAGACCCGGCUCACCUGGAUCCAGGCCCGGCUGGAGAACAUCUGCGGCUCUAAUCGGUACAGAAAGUGACCACCUGCUCUGCGACAUCAUCGGCGCUCUGGCCUCCACUCGGCUAUUCAUGAGCCGCGGCUAUUUUUAGCCGGUUUUGAGUAGUUUUCUUCACAAUCUUGGCACCGGUCCCUGGGAUUAAUUUCUUUUAAUCUGAGUAAGAUACGAAGUCAGCAAGACUUUCUACAAGUGAAAAAUAUUG